AUGGUGUUGACCGCGAAUGAUCGUGGCCCACAUUCGUGCCGGGUGCAUGGCCAGCUGGAAGCGUGGAUGCACUUUCCUCUCGCAGUCCAACUUUGGCUUCCCCGGCAUCUUGUACAAGAACUUGCUGAGCAGCUGGACCACAAAGGGGACAGCUGGCAGCUUCCAUUCUUUGAGGCCGACGUGCCUUCGUGUUCAAAGCCUGGACCAAUGCAGCACAAUAGAGACCUAGUGCUGCUGGCAACUCGGAUAUCACAGGGCAAGAAGCGCGGCGCCGGAAAGAAACGUGCAAGGCGGCGACGUGUAAGAAUUUGGAGAUGGCAUUCAGACAGAACAGAGUCUGAAAAGAGUGAUGCGGCUGACAAUGCGGACCGUGAUGGUGGUAUUGCUCAGGAGCUGGUUUGGCCUGAGAUGCCCUUUGCUCCCCCCGAGAGCGACUACGGCGAUGGCGACAAUGAGACGAUGGAGCACCUAGGGCAGUUCCGGGAUACUUCGGUAUGUCCUUCUAGUGCCAGUGGAUCUUCGUCUCAGGCCACCCCAAAGGAGCUAGAGCUCUUCUGGAACUUGAUGAAUGCCACCUCAGUUUGCAAAGUGCUUGAUGAGGUGGACAGUUCAGGUGAAGAGUCAACUAGCGCCGGCAGCAGUGGGUCGCCUAGCAGCUCCUCCUCCUCAACAGACAGCGCCGAUGUGAAUGCAACCAACCUCGCAGCAGAAGCUAUGCAGAAGGAGCAAAGGGUAGAGCAGCCCCAG